UAUUAAAAGUAGCAUUUAAAUAUUAACAGAGGACAAGUGAAUACAGAGACUCGAGCUGUUCAGGGGAAACUAUUUCCGGACUGGAAUUUACAGGACUAUCUGCAAAGAGGAAUCCCGGUUAGAUAAACUGCUGUUUUUUGAUCUGCUGUGAUUUGAAAGUCCCUGUACCAGUGCAAGAUGUCCCGUAGUCCUGAGCUGAAGGAAGACCUUAUGGAGUGUCCUUUGUGUAUGGAGCCACUAGAAAUUGACGAUGUCAACUUUUUUCCAUGCACUUGUGGCUACCAGAUCUGUCGUUUCUGCUGGCAUCGCAUCCGCACAGAUGAGAACGGCCUCUGUCCAGCCUGCAGAAAGCCGUACCCAGAGGAUCCGGCUGUCUACAAGCCCCUCUCACAGGAGGAGAUCCAGAGGAUAAAGAAUGAGAAGAAGCAGAAGCAGAAUGAAAAGAAGCAAAAGGUGACGGAGAACCGGAAGCACCUUGCCAGCGUGCGUGUGGUACAACGGAACCUGGUGUUCGUGGUGGGACUCUCACAGAGACUCGCAGAUCCUGAGGUUCUUAAGAGACCAGAGUACUUUGGUAAAUUUGGUAAAAUACAUAAAGUGGUGAUCAACAACAGUACAUCAUAUGCAGGCUCACAGGGUCCCAGUGCCAGUGCCUAUGUUACCUACAUCCGAUCAGAGGAUGCCUUACGAGCAAUACAGUGUGUGAACAACGUGGUAGUUGAUGGUAGAACACUUAAGGCUUCUUUAGGCACAACUAAGUACUGCAGCUAUUUUCUGAAAAGUAUGCAGUGUCCCAAGCCGGACUGUAUGUACCUGCAUGAACUGGGGGACGAGGCAGCUAGUUUUACUAAGGAGGAAAUGCAGGCUGGGAAGCACCAGGAAUAUGAACAAAAACUACUUCAGGAUCUUUACAAAGCAAAUCCCAACUUUCUACAAACCUCAACAUGUGGAGGGGAGAAGUCUAAAAACAAAGCAAAUACCACACAAAGGCAGAACAGUAAAGAGAACUGGCCCUUAUUACAAGGUUAUAGUAAACUAGCGAACGGUUUACCAACAGAACACAGAAAAUCCCCGCCACUUUUAGACUGCCUGACAGACUCCGAUCACAUGACCCCAGAAGAGCCAGACCCCGAAAUAGGAACAGAUCAGAACACAGGACUCCCACCAUUUCCUUCAGCUUUAGAACCUAGCAGUCCGGUUGACCAACCAACAGAAGCUGUUAGUAUAGGAAAUGGAGAGAAUCUACCACAGGUCCCUAGCAAUGACUCACCCUCACCUCCCCCUGGGUUUUCUAAACCCAGUCUGCCAUUACCCAUCAGUGUGGCAGAUCUUACAGCUCGAUCGCCGUUUGAGGGAGCACCAGCCGAGUCUCAGUCACUCUUCUCAGACAACAGUAAUUUUAGACAUCCAAACCCACUUCCCAGCAGCCUGCCCUCAUUUCCCAGUUCUCCACAGAGUGGUUCUGACUGGCCUAUGACCCCUGAACCCCAGAGCCUCUUUACCUCAGACACCAUUCCUGUGUCUUCAUCCACCGACUGGCAGGCAGCGUUUGGUUUUGGCUCCUCGGCUAAGCAGCAGCAGCAGCAACAGGAGGACGAUCUGGGGUUUGACCCGUUUGAUGUGACGAGGAAGGCACUGGCUGACCUCAUUGAGAAGGAGCUGUCGGUGCAGGAGGUGUCACCGCACUCCCCCUCUCUCCUACCUAACGGCCAGCAACGCCUUUCUUCGCUGCAGCACAGAGGCCUGUACAACUCGUUCAGCCGGCCCACACACAUGCACACCGGCCCUGCACGUCAGCCCUGGGUGGGUCUGCCUACUCGCAACAACCUCACACACUUGAACCAUGUCACACACGGCCACUUCCUUGACUUAAACUGCCCACCACAACACCACAGCACAGGCCUUGGUGGGAUCACUAUAUCAGCAGAAAACAGUGGCAUAGCAGAAAGUAUAAAUGUGAAAGAGUGGCAAGACGGCUUAAGGGCACUCCUACCAAAUAUAAACAUCAACUUCGGAGGCCUUCCAAAUUCCACAUCAUCCUCCUCCUCUUCAUCAUCGUCUACGUCAAGUGUGAACCACGUCGGGGCACUGGCAGGCUCAAGGGUCUCACACAGUCUGAGCUGGGAUGGCACAACAAGCUGGAUGGACCCAGCAAUAAUUACUGGUAUUCCAUCGUCCACCAGCGGUAGUUUGGACUGUGUGCAGGACGAGAACCCUCCUCACUGGCUCAAGUCUUUGCAGUCUCUGACCGAGAUGGACGGGCCGAGCGCUUCGCUGGCAUCUCAGCCUCGUCACUCGGGUCUGCUGGACUCCGCGACACGGCUUCCUCUGCACAGAGGCGGCUGGGCGCCAUACCUCCCACCUCCGUCACUCGCCCCCAACCACUUUCACUCUCCACCACCAGGCUUCCAGACUGCCUUCAGACCUCCAGCACAGACAGCCACAGACCUCCUACAGCGCGCCGGAAUGGAGCGCCACUAGCAACAAAACCUCACCCCUUCUUCAUCCCUCUUUAACUUAACUGUAAUAAAGCGUAAGGCUGCAGAUUAUCCCAAUCAUUAAUACCAUAAGCUCUUAUUUGUCUCCAUUUAACCCCCAAAAGUAAUCAUUUGUCUAUUUUUUGAGAAACACAUUAAUGAUCUUAUGUGUGGAAUGGCCAGGGUUAUCAUGGAUUACAUUAGAAGGUUUGUACACACUUUAAGUCACUUAAAAGUUAAACAAUCAUAAUAUUUGAUUCACACAACAAUUAUGCUUAACAAAAAUGAUAGUAAAUCAUUGUCAUGUCUCAUACAGUUCUUAACUCUUCCACGUUCCCAUUCUAACCUAAUACUGUGAAUAUUGUGUUGGUUACUUAACAGCAUCGACAGCAGUUGUAACUUAUAUGAAUGAGGAAAGAUUAACGGUUAUUUCAGACGAGUCAGUGCAAUACACCAGUCCCUUUUAAUCAUGAAUCUGAAGGUGAUGUUGCCUUGAAAGUUUAUCAAACUCACUAAUAAUCCUUUUCCAGUAUCAAGGUGCCAGUGUUUGUUCACAAAACCUUUUCAAGAACAAGCUUACAACUUUAUCAGGUUUCAGGCCGACAUUCAGGUUUGCAGACAUUUACACAAUGGUAAAGUUCUCAAGCAACAGCAAGGGCAAAUAGAAAAAACAAGACGUGUAAAAGUACAUCUAAUAAAAGGCCAGUAACAUCUCUUUAUACAGGGAAUCAAACCGUACAGAAGAACCGUCUGAACCAUCUGCUUGUGUGAUUUUAAAUUUUUUCAGAAGUGCUUUACUGCCGAAGAAAUUUGUUGGAUAAGAUAUUGGGGAACCAGCACACCCCAAGCAGUACAUCCUGUUUUUUUCUCUGUUUAAUUAACGUGGGAUAAUUUAAUGUGAAGUCAAGAACUGUGCAUCUAUUGUGGUUUCUCGGCACAGCAGUCAAAGUCUGUAUUAAAAAAGUGCUCCAAAAAAUAAAGUGAUGCAACAUCGUA